UUCAGGCCGCAGAGAAGACGGUGAUAUUUAUUGACGGACAAGUAUGGCAGAAAAACGUUUCACAUAAUAUAACAUAAGAAAUAUGGGUACGUAAUUAAUUCUAAGCUACAAUUUAUUUUUUAUAGGAAAAUGUUCAUCCGGAAUUGUGAAGACUAUGACAUAUCCACUACUUUUCGUUGCGACAUAUUCAGUAAAGUAAGUUCGGAUCGAUGGUUGCUAGUGUCCAGGUAACCUGACAACCGAAACGGCAACGUUAGCUUAUUCAAAUCAACCACGUUAAGUUUGUUUAAAGCCACUGGAAUCACAACACUGACCAAGUCAACACCUUUAAUUAUGUGGGGCGAGAUCGACCCUCCGGUUAAAAAACAACCGAGUUUGUGUGAGAUAGGAUAUAAGGGCGAAGCCUCAGAGGAACCUGUGGCACCGGUACUGACAUCCCAGCAGAACAGACACGCUGACAGCAAGGAACCUCUGCACGUCACUAUGGGUGAAACCAGUUGUGUGGCUGCCAUGAUAGAGUCCGUAGCCAUGAGUGGCAGCCCCGUGAAGAGCCAGCAGAUAGGAGAGGCUGAACUGACCGUAGGGGAGCGCAAAGAUGAGCUGCUGCAUCAGUACCAGACCAGACCACUGGUAUUCCUGGAGAGGUACCAAGCCUGUCUGAAGCCUGAGCACCUGCCUGCAUUUGCCCACGUCAGUUCUGACCCGAGAGCCCAGCACUACAGCCAGGUGGUGCGAGCCGCUGGACACACCAAUAGGACCAGAGUCAGAAACCAGCGCUACGCUGCCCUCAGGGCUCUGCAGAGAGAGGGUAAAUAUUUCAGUGAAGAACAGAUGCGGAUAAGGGAGCCACUGCUGUAUGAACAAUAUAUUGGCCAGUACUUGACUGAUGAGGAGGUCCUGGAACGUUCCCAGGAUGCCAUGUUAGAUGGUGCAGAGAUGGCACCAGGAGGAGGGACAGGAGGGCUUGCCCACCUUCUCCUGGACUCCUACCAGGAACGACUCAUCCAAAACCGCCUGCAAGAGGAGCAGGAGAGGGAGGAUGAUGCACAAGAGGAGGAUGAAGAUGAUGAUGAUGUUGGAGUCCAGCGGACAGAAUGGGAACCGACCCCAGCGGAGAAGGCUCUGCUCAGGGAGGAGUUCAUCAGUCAGAUGCACCAGCGCUUCUUAGAUGGCAAAGACAAGGAUUUCAACUACAGUGAGGUGGAUGAAAACCCUGACUAUGACAACUUGGACAUCGUCAGCAGAGAUGCAGAGGAUAGAUACUUUGAUGAAGAUGACGAAGAAGAAGAAGAAGAGGAAGAGGAGAUGGAAAACGAUCACGAAGAAGGGAAGAUGACAGAAUAAUAUCUGUCCAAAUUUGUAAUAGCUCAUCUCUGCUAUGAUUGAUCUGUAAAUAAAUGUACAAAAAAAAAUGUUAUUUUUUUCCCUCUCAUUUUAAAUCUGUUAACACAGGCUGCAAUAAAGGUUUGGAAUACUU